CGUGGAUAGAGAGAAGACACCAAGCCCAAGCGAGCUUGGAGAUACGUUGUGGUGGGCGACCGGAAUGACGUGAUUGAGACUUUGACCGCAUUGGAGAAUAACGUGCCAAGACUCUUCCUAUGCCUCGACCUAAAUCAUCUUUACCGGAAUCAUAUCCUCCAUGCGAUGGUGCCUCAUACUAGGCUUUAUCUUCUGACCCGUCAUCAAUACGACUGCCUCAUCAGUGCUAAACAAUGUCGACUUCAUUCAGUGAAAUUCCCAUUAUUGACCUCUCGCAGGCGACUGAGGAUUCUACCAAGCCCAGGCUGCUGGAGAGCCUCCGUUAUGCCCUCACCGAAGUCGGCUUUCUCUACGUGUCUAAUCAUGGCGUUCCAGCGGCGGCGGUAGAUAGCUUGGUGAAGGCCCUCCCGACGCUUUUUGAGCUAGACGACGAGGCCAAGAAGUCUGUAGCUCUGGAGAAUUCCCCUCACUUUCUCGGCUACAGCGGCGUUGGGGCCGAGAACACGGGUGGUAAAGCGGACAGGAGGGAGCAGUUCGAGUUCGCUACAGAGCUUGCGGCGACCUGGACCUCGGGUGGCCCAUUGUACGAACGCCUACGCGGUCCCAACCAGUGGCCAAAAGGACAUCCGGAACUCCGAUCCGCCGUAGAGGCUUACAUUGGCGAGCUCACGCGGCUUGGUGAGCGAUUUCUUGAUCUAGUUGCCCAGGCUCUGUCGCUCCAGUCGGGGACAUUCCAACCCUUCCUGUCGGAUCAGCACCGGCUGAAACUAGUGCACUAUCCCGCAUUGUCACCGGGGGAUCCCGCCGCCUCGCAGCAGGGGGUUGGCCCGCACAAGGAUUCUUCGGGAUGGUGGACCUUUCUGCUCCAGGCGUCGCCGCCCGAGGUGAAAGGGCUCCAGGUCCUCAAUAAGGCGGGCGCCUGGGUGGAUGUACCGGUGGUCCCAGGGACGUUCGUCGUCAACAUCGGGCAGGCCUUCGAAGUAGUCACGAACGGCGCGUGCAAGGCGACCACACACCGGGUCCUAUCGGGCUCGCACGAGAGGUAUAGCGUGCCCUUCUUCCAGGGCGUACGCCGGGACCUCACGAAGGCCGAGGCCGUGGGAACCUUGGCGGAUCAUUUCGCCGGCCUCGCCGCCGCAGGCAGGGAGUCUGAAGAGGGCCACGCGAUCGAUUCGGCCUUCCUCAAGGGCAAGUACGACACCUGGGGCGAAUCCCAGCUGCGGACGAAAGUGCGGAGCCACCGUGAGAACGGUAGAAAAUUCUACCCUGAGGUUUACGACCUGUACGUCAACGAUGAUGCAUAAAAAAUAAGCGAAUAGGGCCCUGCCAGGUCGCGAGCUCUCCGAAUUCUACGGGGGCAGGUAGGGAAGAGCGAUGCUGUUCCUCGCGGCACCUUCGUUGUCUGU